AUCAAAGGGAAAGGUAGAAGUUUAGAUUUUGGAAAGUCGCAUGAUUCUACUUCUGCUCGGCCCAUGAUCAUCGGAAUGGGGAAAGAUGAUCCUGAAUUGAGUUUCAAGCAGAAUCGAGAUCCACGUCAGAACAAUAGUGCAAGAAAUCUUGAUCAACCGACUCCACGUGGAUUCGGACAGCAUCGAGCUCAGUUAAAUCAAGCGAAGGGAAUCAGGACAAAGGGAGCUGGGUUUUGGUGAUCAUGAAGACUUUGAUUUUAUCUUUGUCUUCAUUUUGUCUUUUGAUCAAGUCAUUCAUAAAGUCCUGUGAAUGAAUAUAUCUAUAAGAAACGACCCAUAACUAUGAAAAUUUGAUAACGACACCAGUGAUGAUACCAAUUCCCGAUUUUUCUCGAUGACCAAUUCAAACCUGAUACGUGUCAUGUUUGGAUAAAAAAGUAUAAUAUUGCAUAUCGGCCUGCUGAUUGGGUGAAAUAUCAUGCUUUGAUGUUCUUAGUAAUGAACAGAUCAUGAUAGCAAGGAUCAAGUUUUUUGAAACAAUUUAGGAUGUAGUUUGUAUCGUGAAGGAAAGUAUACGUGUUUCUUGAAUAUGAUUUUUUUUAAAAGUUUGCAAUCAAUUAGAAUCUCUUUGUGUGUGUGUGCAUUUUAUAAGUUUCUAUUUCUUUUACUUGUUUUGUGAAACGAAAGAUAGUGUUUGGACGGAAGGAAUUAUACCAAGUUUGCAAUUUAUACCACGAUGUUCUUUGUC